CGACACUACUCAACACCUAGAUUUAUCUCACCAUAUUCUCGAAGGAAGGAAGCGGUAGAACAGCGAUAUAUUCUUCUAGUGACAAUUCUAUUGCGAACCAUCUUCUCCAGGACCACCCGCAAUUUAGAUUCGGCAUUCAGCACGUGAUCGCGCGUCAGCAGCGUUUGGACACGAAGCUCUGAAAUUGUCAAUAAGUUUCCAUUUUCUGUCGGUUUCGGAACGGAUAUGGUAGAAGGAGGAGAGGAAGGGCAUGAUGGCCUAUUCAAGGGGACGCAAUUCUGGUUAUCUCACAACGUCCCUCAAAGAGCUCGGUUCAAAGAGUUGAUCACGAACAACGGUGGCAUUCUCAGACUCUACGAAAAGGACGCAGAUAUCAGGCUGGUUGACCAUUUAAGGAAGAACCUUCCUCCAGACACGCACUCUUAUAAGUUCGUCGAGGACUCCGUCAAGCAGGGGAAAAUGCAAGACUUGCGGAAAUAUGAAGCUGGCCCUUCUGCACCGCGACCCGUCGGGGCGACCAACAUCCCAAGCAGGAGUCACAAACGAGCUUAUACCAUCGAGGACGAUCAGAUUCUCUGGGACUGGUUGCAGCCGUAUGAAGAACAAAAGACUGCGCCUGUAUCAGGCAACAUGAUCUACCAAGACCUGGCCGCAAGGUACCCCCAGCACACAUUCCAGUCAUGGCGGGAUCGGUAUUUAAAGCGACUUCGAGGGAAAGACCGGCCAGGUGGUAAAACCUAUCUGACGCCAGGCGCCCUCGCCUCAACUAACACCGAAGAUCGGAGGCCGCCUGUUCGAGACAAUUCGCAACAGGAGACACCCGCCAAUCCAGAAGAUAAGAAGCGGAAACGAUCGCCUCAGGCUGAUUCCGAGCAUCGCAAUGCAGCAACGUCGGGCAGCCCAAGCCACAAACGAAGACCAAAGCCUACAGCGAAAGCCCCAGAAGAGCGUAUAACACGACCACAAGAAACGAAACCACAGACAAACGAACUACCUUCAACGCCGAUUCCAAACAAAAGCAAUGCAAACGCCGCCGCGCAAGCCCAGAAUGCGCAAAUCCCACCCCCACCCGUCGUCGAUAACGAUUUCGAUCCCACCCUAAUACAAUUACCCUUUUUCCCAGGGAGCCCAGAGCCCGAAGAAUCUCCCCCGCAGGAUAUCGACACCUGGAUCGAUGAGCGCCUGCGGACAGGGAAAGCGAAAGACGAAGAUCAGAUAGUUGAGGCGCUCCGCCGGGCUAGUAUGGACCCUGUCCUGGCAGAUCGAGUCUUGGAGAGCUUGGCUGCCGGGCGAGGCAUCCCUGAUAACAUGCCCGGUGUGUGGACACCUGACGACGACAGAGACAUGGAAUCAGCGGAUGGCCGAAGAGUCAAUCGCGUCAUACAAAAGCAUGGCAAUGAGGCAUUUGACAAUCGGUGGGAAUACCUUAAUAUGGCUAGGGCCACUGGCCUAGAAGGGAACUAAACGAGGUAAGGAUGCACAUAGUCAAC